AAAGCUUCGAAAUAAUUAGGACAAUAUUACACAAAGGAUGAAGAAGAAGCGAUGUCCGGGGCUGAUCUAGACAUCCUGCGAGGGAGCAAGGAGCUAGUUCGUCCUGACGCAGUGGCAGGAGGAGUCCCACGGCCGUUAGACCUCUGUAGGAUAAUAGGUGGACUGUUUUCCACAGUGAUCUCGCCAGCACAAGAUGUGGACUACUGUUGCACUCGUGAUAACGGUGAUUUUCAUUAUUUUCUACAAAGCCGCUUUACGACCACCAUGCUUUCCUCCAGGUCCAUUUGCCUUGCCAAUUGUGGGAAGUGUUCUUUCCAUCUUGCCGUCACCAAAGGAAUCCUUCAACAGAUUUCAGAAGAAAUAUGGACCUAUAUGUAGCUACAAGGUCUUUGAUAACUGGUCCAUCAUCGUGAAUGAUCCAGCAAUGAUGAAGCCACUUCUUGCAGAUCCAGUAUUUUCUGGACGCAAACACCUUUACCUGUUUUCGCUGCGAGAUGAAGUUAUCAGUGGGAAAAAGAUGCCUUUGGGCAUAUUAGGUACCAGUGGAGAUGUGUGGAAGAACCAGCGGCGCUUCACACUGAGGAGCCUCAAGGACCUGGGAUUUGGCAGAAACAGUAUUGAGCCAAUUAUGCAGAAGGAACUAGAGGACUUGAUUAACACCUUUUCUCAAACCGAAGGUCAAAAAGUUGACGUUGGGUUGACAUUCAACAGCAGUAUCAUCAAUGUGAUUUGGGCGAUGGUUAUCGGGAAGCGCUUUUCUCACGACGAUGUCCGUCUGCAUGAACUUGUUGAUAAAGUCAACAAGAUGCUGCAGUCCUUUAACCCUUUCCACCCAGCUUAUAGAUACCCAAUCAUUAAGAAGUUCUUCCCAAACUUGGAUGUAUACAAGAGUCAAGAUACUUACAUGAGACAACUUCUCCAGUUUAUUGAGGACGAAACUGCUCUAUAUGAAAAGGAAUUGUCAGCUAAUGAAAGCUCCUUUAGUUAUGUUAGUGCAUAUCUUAAGGAAAUGAAAGAAGCAGAAACUGAAGGGAAAGAGACACCAUUGAAUAUGCAUCAUCUAAAGGCCAACAUCUUUGAGCUGUUUCUGGCUGGAAGUGAAACAACUGCGUCUACUUUGUGGUGGGCCGUAUAUCUCUUGGCAUCUAACCCAGACGUCCAAAAAGCUAUACAGAAGGAAUUGGAUGAAGUUCUUGGGGAGGAUAAAUUACCGACAUUAACUCAUAUGGACAGUUUGCCUUAUACAACAGCUGCCAUAUAUGAAGUGCAGCGCGUUGCAGACCUCGUCCCAUUUGCAGUUCCCCAUGAGACAACCGAGGAUGCAACUGUGUCUGGCUACCACAUCCCUAAAGGCACAACAGUCAUGUUCAAUUUGUCGCACGGUUUGAAGGAUCCAAAAUACUGGAAGCACCCUGACCGCUUCUACCCAGAGCACUUUCUCACGGAGGAGGGAAAGCCUUACAAGCCGGAGAAUUUCUUGCCUUUCGGAUCAGGAAAGCGUGUCUGCCUGGGGGAAUCUCUCGCUCGAUUGGAGUUGUUCCUGUUCUUCACAACUCUCGUUCAUCGGUUCUCCUGGAAGUUGUCAGACGAUCCAGUAAUAUGGGAGAAAAGCUUCGUACUCUCCCGUCCUCCCAGAUUCUUGGUUGAAAUUAGUAAUAGGAACUCCAAUGCAGUGUUUUAAACUUUUAAAUGAUAUAAAUCAUUUGAAAAUUAUUGCAUGCACACAUAUGAACACCCUUAACCCAUUGAUGCUGGAAUUAUAUUACUGUUUUUACCUGUCUCUCCAAUUAAUCCUUUUCUUUGAUUAUAUUGCCAUUACUAUUGCUUAGAACAGUAGAAUGAUAAUAAUAAUAUAACACUGAUAACAACAACAUCAAUAAACAUCAAAGUGGAAAGCAGGUGAGGUCAUGUUGGCUUACUAAUUAGCUCCUUGGUGGCUCAGCCCUGUGGAGCCAUCUACGGGCAUACAAAUUAAAAAAAGAUACAGUUGACAGUACAUUUACUAUCUGCAUUGGGUGAAGACUUUCCUGACAAAUAAACAUAAGAUGUGCAAGGAAUAAUGCAUCCCGUACUAUAAAAAAAAGUCUUCAAUAUUAAUAGUACAUAUUUGAUUAUCAUCAGUAGUAAUCUGUGUUGGAAAUUUGGUUGACAAAUAAAAUGUAAAUGGUC